AUGAAAGGGUGUGAAAGAGAGUGUAAAAUUAUUAGCGUUAAAAUAUUUCAUUCAUGUUUUGUUAUUUUUUUUUUUCACGGAUUUGUUCAUUUAUUGACUGACUUAACUUUUUCCGUUUUUUCAUCUUUUCUUAUUUCUUUCGGUAUUUUUCUUUUUCUUUCUUUCUUUAUAUUUUUUUGUUUUUGUUUCUCUUACUAUCUUGGUUUCUUUUUUUCUCUUCUCUCUCUCUUUUCUCUCUUUCUUUUUUCUCUUUUAUCUUUUUUCUUUUGUUCUCUUUUCUCUCUUUUCUCUCUUCUCUCUUCUCUCUUCUUCUCUCUCUUUUCUCUCUUUUUCUCUCUUUUCUCUCUUUUUUCUCUCUCUCUCUCUCUUUUUCUCUCUUUUCUCUCUUUUCUCUUUUUUCUCUUUUCUCUCUUUUUCUCUCUUUUCUCUCUUUUCUCUCUUUUCUCUCUUUUUCUCUCUUUUCUCUCUUUUUCUCUCUUCUCUCUCUCUUUUCUCUCUUUUCUCUCUUUUCUCUCUCUCUCUCUCUUUUCUCUCUUUUCUCUUUCUCUCUUUUUUUCUCUCUUUCUCUUCUCUCUUUUCUCUCUUUUCUCUCUUUUCUCUUUUUUUCUCUUUCUCUCUUCUCUCUCUUCUCUCUCUCUUUUCUCUCUUUUUCUCUCUUCUCUCUCUCUUUUCUCUCUUUUUCUCUCUUUUCUCUCUUCUCUCUCUUUUCUCUCUUUUCUCUCUUUUUCUCUCUUUUCUCUCUUUUUCUCUCUUUUCUCUCUUUUCUCUCUUUUCUCUCUUUCUCUCUUUCUCUCUUCUUCUCUCUCUCUUUUCUCUCUUUUCUCUCUUCUCUCUCUCUUUUCUCUCUUUUUCUCUCUUUUCUCUCUUCUCUCUCUCUUUUCUCUCUUUUUCUCUCUUUUCUCUCUUUCUCUCUUUUCUCUCUUUUCUCUCUUUUUCUCUCUUCUCUCUCGCUUUUCUCUCUUUUUCAAACUCUCUUUUCUUUCUUUCUUUCUUUCUUUCUUUUUUUCUUUCUUUCUUUGGUUCGUUCGUUCGUUCCUUCUUUCAUUUUUUCUUUCUCUUUUUUGUUUUUCCCUGUUUGCUUGUCCUUCUUUGUUUCUUUUCUCUUUCUCAUAUUCUUCCAACUUUCUUUUUCAUCUACGUUUCUUCAUUCUUUCUUUCUUUCUUUCUUUCUUUUCUCCAUUUAUCUUUCUUUUUUCCAUCUACCUUUCUUUCUGUUUUCUUCCUUUUCUGGGUCUAUACUUUCUCCCUCUUUUUUUUCCUCUUCUUUGUUCAUUUUUUCGUUCUCAUAAUCAGGCAUCUUUUUUCUCUCCGAUGUUUCUUUCUUUCUUUCUUUCUUUUCCUUUUUUCUUUCCCAUAUUCAUCCAUCUUUCUUUUUUUCAUCUCCUUUUCUUUCUUUGUUUCAUUCUUUCUUCUCCUUUGUGUGUUACAUUCUUUUAUCUUAUUUCUGUAUCUCCAUUUUCCGUACGUUAUUUUGUUUGUCAUAAUUUUUCCUUGAAGAAAAUUUUCUUAUUUCUUAACAUCUUUUCAUUUUAA